ACCCCAUGUGAUACUCGUUUGUAUACUAGCAUCUAAAUGACCAAACUACCCUCACCUACACACCUUGCAUGUAGUCAAUCCAUGUCCAUUAUUGUCCUUCCAAGUCUCAUAUAAUCUCUCUGUCUUCCAUUUCAAUGCAUGUAGUGAAGUACCAAUUCAGAUUUAGCAAUAUCAAACCACAAGCGUUUUCUCUGUAAAAAAAAUAAAAAUGGAUGGAACAAACAGAGGAGAAGCUGAACGAUGGUUAUACACAGCAAACAAACUUCUCAGCGCGCGUGAUCUACACGGUGCCCGUUCAUUCGCUAUUCGGGCAAGAGAAUCCGACCCGAGAUUCGAAGCAACGGAGCUUCUUAUCGCCGUUAUCGAUACUCUGUUAGCCGGUGAAGCGAGGAUCAAAGAACAUCUUGAUUAUUACGCCGUUCUUCAAAUCAUUCGUUAUACUCAGAACAUUGAGUAUAUCGCUGAUCAAUAUCGCCGCCUUGCUAUCCUCCUUGACCCUAAUCGGAACCCUUUCGCUUAUGCUGCUCACGCUUUUUCACUUGUUCAUGAUGCUUGGUCGAUUUUCUCAAAUCCGCAUAAGAAAGCUAUUUAUGAUGAACAGCUUCAUUUUCUUACUCAACCGCCACCACCACAGCAGCAACAACAACAACAACAACCGAUUCAACCACCGCCGCAACAGCAACAGCAGUUUUUUCAACCUCCUUCACCACCGCCGCCGCAACAGCCGCAACAGCCGCAACAGAUUCAACCUCCUCAUCCUCAGGUUCAAGUGAAUCACAAUCAAAGUCACAAUCAGAGGAAAAACCCUAGGUCAACUAAUGAAGACAGGGUAAUUUAUGAGGAGCAGAACAAUGGGCCGAGUUAUGACAAUGCUGAUGAGCCUACUGGGCCUAGGCCCAGGCCUGAGCCUGCUGUGGAUAGGCAGGGUGGAACUGACGGUGGAAGUUUCUGGACAGCGUGUCCUUACUGUUUUGGCAUGUUUGAGUAUCCUAAGGUUUAUGAGGAUUGUACUCUCCGGUGUCAGAAUUGUAGGAGGGGGUUUCAUGGGUUGGCCGUGCGGGCACCGCCAGAGCUUAGUGAAGAUGAUGGGGGGAAAGACGGCGGUUCGUUUUGCAGCUUUGGGUAUUUUCCUUUAGGAUUUACUGGAAAUUUUAAGGAUAUCAGUGGGUCGACUUCGGAAUGGAACCCUAUUUCUCCUUUGUUUCCUUGCCCUGGUAAUUCCAAGAAGAAUGCUAGGAAGGGGCCUGUUAGCUAUUAUGAUCAUGAUACAUGUGCGGCGUUUGCGGAGCUUUCGGAUGAAACUGAGGAUGAUACUGAUGAUGAUGAUUGGAGGAAUGGGAAUGGUACCUCAGGGAAGAAGACGAGUAGGAGGAGGAGGAGGAGAAGAAGGACUUUUGGUGGCGGUGCUGGUGAUGAAAGGAGACCGGUUGAUAGGCCAAGGAGGGUGGUUCAGAAUGGUAAUGCUGGAAAUGAUAAUGGUGGUGAUAGUGAUAAUGUGGUUGAUGGUGAGGCUGUUGAUGCUGCUUCUGCGCCUAGAAUGCUGUCGAAUGUUGAAGCUAGUAAGAGAGCUGUGUUGAGUGGUUCUAGGAGGAGGGGUGCUGGAAAUUUGGGUAAGUUGGAUUUGAAUGUGGAGUUUAGCAAUGAGGUGGAAGAAGCUGCUGCUGCUGGAAUGAAAGAAGGGCAUGUGAAUGGGACUGGAAAUGCUGAGGAUAAUAUUGAAGGAAUUGGGUUUUUUGAAGGGCUUGAUGAGUUCCUUAAUAGCUUACCAAUUCUUAAUGUUGUUGCAGAUGAUAAGGUUAAGUGUCAUUAGUCUUUUAGGUGUCUGAUUUCUUUUUGUUGUUGUACAAUGUAGGUGCUACUUGUAUUUUAUUACUUGUUGCACAAAUUCCUGGUGAACUGACCUGAUCUUUUGUGAAUUGUUAUCUUUGUUAGUCUUAUAACAACCUUGUUACUUUGCUUUUUGAAAAAAUGCGAGGGCGGUUAAUUUAUCUCA